AUGCCGUUUGAUGAUUUUGUUGAUAACGAUGUUCCUGAAGGCGAAAACAAUGCUGCCGAUUUGAGGUUUCUGCGUUAUGCUGCCAAGGAUCUCGAUAUUGAGCUGGGCGACCUUAUUAUGGCAAUUUCUUUUCUUCCUUGCCUAAGGAAGCUAUCUUGCCUUACCACAGGGCCUGUCUUUCAAAGGGCAUAUACGCUAGAGGACAUUGAAACAAUACAUAGCUACCUGCCACAUUUGGAACAUCUAUCACUUACAAUAAGCAUCGACCCUCUUUCAGAGCGUGAUAUUGUUGAAAUCCAAAAAAUUAAGCCAGCAGAAAAAAUGAAAUCAUUUGCGAUAGCCACAGACUGCGGUAAAGGAGAACGACUAGUAGAUGAACCUGAAAAACCGACCACACCUCCUGUUAUACUUCCUGGAGCGCUAUCAUCUUUGAGAAAUGUCACCAUAUCCUCCACUCCAAAGGAAGAAACAUCACCGUAUUCAUUACGUAAAUUACUUGCCAAACAUGACUUGAAAUUGAAAAUAUAG